AUGGUACCAGCGUAUUUUCAUCUUCCUCCUCUGUCUCUGAAACUUGCUUCUUCUCAUCCUCAUCCGUUGUUGGGACUGUAUCGGCAUCUGAUGCUGAACAUAGUGUCACUUCUGCCUCAUUGUAAGAAAGAUAGUAAGGUGGAAGCUAAGAGCAGUAAAGGGGCGACUCUUAAUGAGCUUGUUGAGCUUAAGGGAUCUUCUUCCUGCUUGUUCUUCGAGUGUAGGAAGCAUAAAGAUCUUUACAUGUGGAUGGUCAAGUCUCCUAGUGGACCCUCUGUUAAGUUCUUGGUUAAUGCUGUUCACACAAUGGAGGAGCUGAAACUCACUGGAAACCAUCUGAAAGGAUCACGUCCUCUCUUGACAUUCUCAUCUAACUUUGAUAAAGAUGUACACUGGAAACUUUUGAAAGAGACGUUAACACAUGUCCAAACCGGUUUAUCAAAGAAAGGGAAAUGA